CAAAGACACUUCCGGUGCGUGUCAAGGCAAAGAUGGCGGCGCCCAAGGCACAUGCAUUGGUACACCGGGUGCUGGCAGAGUGCCCCGUGACAAAGGCUCGGGCUUGCGAGCUGGUAUUGCCGCAUGGACCUGUCAGCACUCCGGUCUUCAUGCCUGUGGGGACACAAGGCACAAUGAAGGGCGUGACAUCGGAUCAGCUGCGGGAUCUAGGCUGUGAGAUCUGUCUGGGGAACACCUACCACCUGGGGAUGCGGCCGGGUCCAGAUAUUAUGAAGAAGGUGAAUGGCUUGCAUGGUUUCAUGAAUUGGAAGAAUAAUCUUCUCACUGACAGUGGUGGUUUUCAGAUGGUAUCCCUUGUAGAGCUUUCAGAAGUUACAGAGGAAGGGGUACAUUUUAAAUCCCCCUACGAUGGUAAAGAAAUCCUCCUUACCCCAGAAAAGUCAAUUGAGAUUCAGAAUGCUCUGGGCUCUGAUAUCAUGAUGCAGCUGGAUGAUGUGGUUAGCAGCACGAUUUCAGGGCCACGCGUUGAGGAAGCCAUGCACAGAUCUAUCCGAUGGUUGGACCGUUGUAUUGAUGCUAACAGGAACCCAGAGAAGCAGAAUCUGUUUGCUAUUAUCCAGGGGGGACUUGAUUCCGAGUUGCGCAAGAAGUGUUUGAAGGAAAUGACCAAACGGGAUGUCCCGGGCUUUGCUAUUGGAGGCCUGAGCGGAGGAGAGGAGAAAGACCACUUUUGGAGGAUGGUGACCCUGAGCACAGAUCACUUGCCCCGUGACAAGCCUCGUUAUCUGAUGGGGGUAGGAUAUGCCACUGACCUUGUGGUGUGCGUGGCGCUGGGUUGUGACAUGUUCGAUUGUGUUUUCCCAACUAGGACAGCGAGGUUUGGCUCUGCUCUAGUUCCAUGGGGAUCUCUACAGCUGAAGAACAAGCAGUUUGCUAAAGAUUUCCAACCAAUAGACAAGGAUUGUUGCUGUCCCACAUGCAAGCGAUACUCCCGUGCCUACAUCAAUGCAUUGUUUAAAAGUGAUACAGCUGCAAAGCAUCAUAUUACAAUACACAACAUUGUUUAUCAGUUAAACUUGAUGCGCUCUGUAAGAGACAGCAUCCUUCGAGGCCAAUUCCCCCAAUUUGUUCAGAACUUCAUGAAAACCAUGUACAGCGGCAAAGACAAGUAUCCUCAAUGGGCUGUAGAUGCUCUAGAAUCCGUCAACAUCUCCUUGUUGUGACACCAUGUAGAUGCAAGCCAAGAUGUAAGAUACAUUUUCAAGAAAGGACGUAUCGUAGCUCUUUGUGACAUCCUCUUCUGAAUAACAACUGUCUGCAAGAAGCUGACUGCCAGAAGAGCCUCCAGCACUUAACUGGCGGGCGAUGUAUAUUUUAUUUGUGUAAGGUGUAUUUUUAGAUGCACCAUACGUGAAUAUCUAUUCUAUGUACUGUAUUUUAAUUUUGCAUAUUUUCUGUCUAA